AUGGGGCAGGACGAUGAAAUCAGGCAGGAGCUGGGAAGCCUCCAUGGCAUUCCCCUCUACAAGAGCUUCAUCGAGGGCUGGCCACAGGUGAAGGCUUUCCAAGCCCGUCCAGAUGACCUGCUCAUCUCCACCUACCCCAAAUCGGGCACAACAUGGCUGAGCGAGAUCAUGGACAUGAUCUACCAUGAUGGUGAUGUGGAGAAGUGCCGACGGGAUGCCAUCUACAACCGCGUGCCCUUCCUGGAGUUGAAGGCCCCCGAGGAAAUAAGUGGCAUUGAUCAGCUGGAGAAGACCCCAUCCCCGCGGCUGGUAAAGACCCAUCUCCCAGUCCAGCUUCUUCCGACCUCCUUCUGGGAGAAGGACUGCAAGAUUAUCUACAUGGCCCGCAACCCCAAGGAUGUUGUGGUCUCCUACUACUACUUCCACCAGAUGGCUAAGAUGCACCAAGACCCUGGCACGAAGGCUGAGUUCAUGGAGAACUUCAUGGCUGGCAAAGUGCCCUAUGGAUCCUGGUACGACCACGUGCGUGGAUGGUGGGAGAAGAAGAAGGAGAAGAAGAAGAUACUCUACCUCUUCUAUGAGGAUAUGAAGAAGGACCCACGGCGGGAGAUACAGAAGAUCUUGCAGUUCCUGGGCAAGGAGUUGGCAGAGGGAACAGUGGAUAAGAUCCUGCACCACACGUCCUUCCAGGAGAUGAAGAAGAACCCUGCUGCCAACUAUGAGACCAUGCUCCCCACCUUGAUGGAUCACAGCAUCUCCCCCUUCCUCCGGAAAGGGACCACUGGAGACUGGAAGAACCACUUCACUGUGGCCCAGAACGAGCGCUUCGACCAGCACUACCAGAAGCUCAUGGCAGGCUCUGACCUCCACUUCCAGAUGGAAGUGUAA